CGGCGGGGCCUGCGGCGGAGAGAGUGAUCGGGCCCGGCUCUCCGCACCUGGAUGCCCCGUCCCCCGGCGGCCGCCUCCCCCUCCUGCUCCAUGUGGGGCCCGGGCCGGGCUCUCGGCCUCUCCUCCUCCUCCUCUUCCUCCUCCUCCUCCUCCUCCUUCUUCUACUAUGGCCCGGAAAACAGUUAGCAGGAAGCGGAAAGCGGCGGAAGGCGCCGCCGCGGGACCCGGGGGGCUCCAGGGGGAGCAGUAUGGAUGGGAUCACUCGGUUCACAAAAGGAAAAGACUGUCCCCGGUAAAAAGGUCUCUGGUGUACUACCUGAAAGGUAGAGAGGUCAGGACGCAGAAUGAGUCCAGCUAUCACCGCUUGUUGCAUGGAUACGCAGCCCAGCAUCUUCCCAGUCUCCUGAAGGAGAGAGAAUUUCAUCUUGGAACCCUUAAUAAAGUGUUUGCCUCCCAGUGGCUGAACCACCAGCAAGUGGUGUGUGGGACAAAAUGCAACACAUUAUUUGUAGUAGAUGUCCAGACUGGUCAAAUUACCAAGAUUCCUAUUCUGAAAGAUCGUGAACCUGGCAUGGUGAACCAGCAGGGAUGUGGUAUUCAUGCUAUUGAGCUCAACCCCUCGAGGACACUUCUGGCCACGGGUGGAGACAACCCCAACAGUCUUGCAAUUUAUCGUCUGCCUACACUCGAUCCUGUCUGUGUGGGAGAUGAUGGACAUAAAGAUUGGAUAUUUUCAAUUGCAUGGAUCAGUGAUACUAUGGCAGUUUCUGGUUCCCGGGAUGGUUCAAUGGGACUUUGGGAAGUAACAGAGGAUGUGUUGUCCAAAAGCGAUGCCAGGCAUAAUCUCUCUCAAGUUCCUGUGUAUGCCCACAUAACACACAGGGCUCUGAAGGAUAUCCCCAAGGAGAACACCAAUCCUGACAACUGCAAAGUCCGAGCAUUGGCUUUCAACAAUAAGAACAAGGAGCUGGGAGCUGUGUCCCUAGAUGGAUAUUUUCAUCUCUGGAAAGCAGAGCACACACUGUCAAAGUUACUUUCCACAAAGUUGCCAUACUGCAGGGAGAACGUGUGUUUGGCGUAUGGUCAGGAGUGGUCAGUCUAUGCAGUAGGAUCACAGGCACACGUCUCCUUUCUGGAUCCCAGGCAGCCUUCGUAUAACGUGAAAUCAGUGUGUUCCAAAGAAAGAGGCAGUGGUAUUCGAUCGGUGAGCUUCUACGAGCACAUCAUCACAGUGGGAACAGGGCAAGGUUCCUUACUGUUUUAUGAUAUCAGAGCCCAGAGGUUCCUGGAUGAAAAGACCACACAUGCCUGCUAUGGACAGAGGCAGAAACCAGGAGGGAGUGAAAUUUUGAAGCUGACUACUGGGAAAGGCUGGCUGAACCAUGAUGAAACCUGGAGGAAUUAUUUUUCUGACAUAAGUUUCUUCCCAAAUGCUGUUUACACCCACUGCUACGACUCGUCUGGAAUGAAACUCUUUGUGGCAGGAGGCCCUCUUCCAUCAGGACUUCAUGGGAAUUACGCUGGUCUCUGGAGCUAAUGAUAACUCUUUAUGAAUGCUGAUCUUUACACAGAUUUCCACUUUUCUUUUCCUUUUUUUAACAACAAAAUUGUGUGAUGCCAUUGAUUUCUGAUUUAAAUGCAAGUUAUUUUUUGGCAGAGUUUCUGUUGGUCUCCAACAGUUUUGUACAUCUUUUUGAACCAGUUUUUUGCUUUAACCUCCUUGAUCCUUUAUAUGAUGGGUUUUUUAAUGCCCUGUUUAUUGUAUUUACUCCAGAUGACUCUUCCCCACAUUUAGGCUAUCUUGGCCAUGUGCCCCCUCCCCUACUUUGCUGUGAGGUAGGAUUCCUUCCUUAAAGAGUGGUUGCUCCCAGGCUUUCUGUGAAAGUCUAGGGGCUUUGUGUCAGUUACAUUACCUGGAGUGAGGACUACUUGUAAUUAAAAAAUAUUAAAAAUAUUUAUAAGAGAUAAGCUACUACUUUAUCUGCAGAGCCUGGCCCUGGCCUGGGUUGAUCUUAUUUUUUAAAAGUACAAGUCUAAUGACACUGUUUAUACAUAGAGGAAUAUGGUAAUUUUAAGCUGUACUCAUCGGAGCCCAGGGACAGAUUCCCCAGGGGUAUUGCCCAUCAGGCCCAAACUGCAGAACUGCAGGAGUUUUCAAAAGUGCAUUUGUGUUUGAAUUGUAGUUUUCAGCAGUGCCAGGAGCAAAAAUUGUUCUCUGUUCCUUUUCUGCCUGUCCCAGGUAUCAGCUUGCACAACUGGAGUUUGUGUAGACUGUUCUGCAGCAUGGCUAUUGCAGGGGGACAUUACAUGGAGGGCCUGCAGAGGUGCUUAGAGGAAAUGGGAGCUAGGGAUGCGAGUGUUCUUGUCAUUCAAUAUGAUGAGCCAAGGUUUCUGAGUGUGCUGCUGCUGUAGCUCAUGAGUUCUUCUUAAACUGCCUAAAUCCCAGGACCAUUUUUGUCCCAGGUUGUGGAAACUUUUCCCAUUUUAGCUGUUCUUGUUGUGCAUCUCCUCUAAUAAGUCAAUGUAAUAAAUAAAGUGGUUUUUUUCCAAGGCUAAAGAGUGCAUCUCGGACUUAACUAUCGCAAGCUAGAAACUUUCCAUGUAGCAGGGUAACUUGCUGUUAGCUCAUGUUGCAGUAGCACCUGCUGUCAUCCUGCUUGCUGUAGCAGAAGCUCAGUCUUUCCCCAAAUCCCCUGCUGCUUUUUGCAUUCAGACUCCAUCAAGCUUCAUGUGGGACUGGGUGGGGAUAAUAGGUCCAAUGACCUUCAGGUCCAGCUGUGAAACAUGUACAUUCCAUGGUGAUGGUCUUACCUAAUACUCAGCUAAAAUGCAGGACUCCAGGGUGCUCCUCCUAGCCUUUUGGCAGGCACCAAACUCUCAGCUUGUUACUGAUGAUGCCUCUGUCCUGCUGGGGUGAAUGCCUUUCCCCUGCCUCUGUCACUGGUGGAGCAGAGUGUGUCUGUACCUCACUGCUUUGGUGCCAAAUGGGCAGCUGGUUGAAGCCAAGAAGAAAGACAAAGCUGGGACAUGCUCUGUUCUCCCGUCUGCUGGAGAUCACAGCCACCACUGCAGAGUAGCUCUAGUCCCUUACGUAGUUCCUGCCAGACUGCAUAGAGCUAGUCUGCAUGUGUUCUUGUGGUCCCUCUCGUCUUUGUACUCGGUAUCUUCAUCAGUAAUGCCAAGCAGUGAGCCUCAGGCUUAAUUUCCAGUUGGUAGUGGAGGCUUGGAUGGAAAUCCUGCAAGGAAUGCAGUUCCCUUCCAUCCUGGUGGAAAUCAUGGCCAGAGAAGAGCUCUCCCAGAUGUGCACCUGUCCCAGAAGUAUAAUUUACUCACACUGAGCACUGCCAUGGGUGCUUCACAAACAGAUCUUCUUGCGGCAUUUCAUAAUUCUACUUCCCUUGUGGGUUGGUUGCUUAAACUGAAUGAGUUCACGGCGCUGUGUGCGGCUGUUCAGGCUUUUCUCUGAAAAGGGACAAAUUAUAUACCAUGGGGUAGCAAAGGAGCUCUCCAAUUUUAUGUAGAGUUGAUCAUUGUUUUUUAAAGAUGUCAUAAUGGUGCCUGCAUUGUUCUGUGAUGGCAACAUACUGCUUUGGUUAUUUUAGAGGUUUUGAGAGGUGGAAGUAUGCAGAGAAAAACAAGUGUUGGCGAAGUAUGGCUGGUUGUGUAUUUCUAGGAUUAUUCCUUCAGCUACUGUGUAAGAUCACUCUGUCACAGGGAAUGUGUUCUGCUUAGCUUUUUUUAUUUGGGCUUGGU